AUGAGGAUGUGGUGGUUAAUAACAACUUUAGUCAUUACUUCUUUCUUUUCUAAUUUCCCUGCUUAUGCUUAUGAUAACAACCCUCUACAGGACAUAUGUGUUGCAGUUAAGGACUCUCAGGCCUCAGUUUUUGUGAAUGGAAAGAUUUGCAAAGACCCAAAGCUUGCAACAGCAGAUGAUUUCUUUGCUUCAGGUCUUAAUGUUAGUGGAAAUGCAGUGCCGUUGGUUGGUAUUACUGUCACUUUUGUGGAUGUAAACAAGAUGCCUGGACUUAACACUCUUGGUAUGUCUAUUGCUCGUUUUGACUUGGAACCACAGAGUAUUGCUCCACUUCACCUGCACCCUCGAGCGUCUGCUCUGAUAACUGUCCUGGAGGGUACACUCUAUGCAGGAUUUCUCGCCCUUGAUCCUACAAACUUCUUUAAAAGUCGCCUCUUCUCCAAAAUCUUGAAUCCUGGCGAUGCGUUUGUGCUCCCACAAGGUCUAAUUCACUUCCAGUAUAAUGUAGGAAACAAAAAAGCUACUUAUCUCUUUUUUUUUAACAGUCAAAAUCCUGGAAUUGUCAUGAUUCCUAGAUCAAUCUUUGCUUCAGAACCACCUGUUCCUGACGAUAUUCUUGCCAAAGGUUUCCAGCUUAGUACAACACAAAUUGCAGAAAUUCGAAAGAAAUUCUCUUAG